AUGAACUGCAUAUCAGACUUCUUUACUUACGAGACCACCAAGUCAGUGGUCGUGAAGAGCUGGACCAUUGGGAUCAUCAACAGGGCAGUUCAGCUUCUGAUCAUCUCCUACUUUGUGGGAUGGGUAUUCUUGCACGAGAAGGCAUACCAAGUGCGGGACACAGCCAUUGAGUCCUCGGUGGUAACCAAGGUGAAGGGUUUCGGACGCUAUGCCAACAGAGUCAUGGAUGUGUCUGAUUAUGUGACCCCACCCCAGGGCACCUCCGUCUUUGUCAUCAUCACCAAGAUGAUCGUUACUGAAAACCAGAUGCAAGGAUUCUGCCCAGAGAACGAGGAGAAGUACCGCUGUGUGUCUGACAGCCAGUGUGGACCUGAGCGUUUCCCGGGUGGGGGGAUCCUCACCGGCCGCUGCGUGAACUACAGCUCUGAGCUCCGGACCUGUGAGAUCCAGGGCUGGUGCCCCACGGAGGUGGACACCGUGGAAAUGCCUAUCAUGAUGGAAGCGGAGAACUUCACCAUUUUCAUCAAGAACAGCAUCCGUUUCCCCCUCUUCAACUUUGAGAAGGGAAACCUCCUGCCCAACCUGACAGCCAGGGACAUGAAGACCUGCCGUUUCCAUCCUGAAAAGGCUCCUUUCUGCCCCAUCUUGCGGGUGGGGGACGUGGUCAAGUUUGCAGGGCAGGAUUUUGCCAAGCUGGCCCGCACGGGUGGAGUUCUGGGCAUAAAGAUUGGCUGGGUGUGCGAUUUGGACAAGAGCUGGGACCAGUGCAUCCCCAAAUACUCCUUCACUCGGCUGGACAGCGUUUCUGAGAAAAGCAGCAUCUCCCCGGGGUACAACUUCAGGUUUGCCAAGUACUACAAGAUGGAGAAUGGCAGCGAGUACCGCACGCUCCUGAAGGCUUUCGGCAUCCGCUUCGACGUGCUGGUGUAUGGGAACGCCGGCAAGUUCAACAUCAUCCCCACCAUCAUCAGCUCCGUGGCGGCCUUUACUUCAGUGGGAGUGGGGACAGUCCUCUGUGACAUCAUCCUGCUCAAUUUCCUCAAGGGGGCCGACCAGUACAAAGCCAAGAAGUUUGAAGAGGUGAACGAAGCAACACUGAAGAUCGCCAACCCAGAGUUCUCCAGGGACCAGGCCACAGAGGAGAAGCAGUCUACGGACUCAGGGGCUUACUCCAUUGGCCACUGA